AUGCCUGGAAUCACAUGUUCGGUUUCAACUGGAUCAAGACCAACUGGUAGCUUCCAGUUCUCAGGAAGUAUGGCUACACAUGCACGAUACAACCCGGCUCUCGGACCACCAGUCCAUCCCGGAACUUGUACCGAUGCCAUCUGGAAUGAGUACCAACAAGCAUUGGGACUCUAUGCACAAUACCAGGGAGCAAUCCCCAAGCAGCCAGCAGCACGGGAAAAGAAGAUGGGAAAAAUCAAGAAUGAUGACUUCAGCAAAAUUGCCUUCAUCCUCUCUCAAAUUGACUCCUCAUCCAUGGCAGGAAAGUGGGCCGAGUCAUGGGAAGCCAACCAAAUGGCAAAAUAUAGCAAUCUUGGGACAUACCAAGACUUUAAGACGACACUUACCGAAAAGUAUGGAGGUGUCGCAACCAAGGACCAAGCCUGGCAAGUACUUCUCAAGGGAAAGCACAAGCAGGACAAGCAAACCGUCAAUGAGUAUAUUGGAAAUCUCGAUAUCCUCUACCGAUAUGCCGAAAUCGACGACGAAUACGCCAAGCUCAUCCACUUCAAAUGA